UCACCUGCCUGGAGGAGCAACCUGUGUGUGCUUGUGCGGUCUCCUUACCUUUCCCAUUGGAAAGGCCGGGCACUCAUGGCAGCCCCCCAAAAGGAGGCUUUGGGGUCCCCUGAUUGGCAGCAGCGCUUUGAGUCCAAAUGGGGCCUGGGUGCGAAAGGGGUCCCACUCCCCAAAGAUCCAGACUGGGAGGCUUUAUGGAAGCGGAAACCCUUCCAAAGGAACCUUUUGCAGAACCCCAACCCUGAAGGGGUGAAUGUUUCGGAGCCCGCUCCUCCUUGCCAACCGCAGCAAAAUUGCAAGCUUCCAGACUCCAAAGACAUUUUCAAAGGCUGGGAAAUUACCACCGAAAGGCUCCCGUCGGAUCAGUCGGAAACUCCCUUUGCAUUGCCGCAAUAUAGCUGGUGCGUCAAGCAACAAACAGUCGAUCUUCUGGCCGAAGGACUUUGGAAGGAGCUGCUGGAUCAAUACCAGCCGGAUAUCACCGUCAUGGACUGGUAUGAAAACAGCAAACUGGAUCUCUCCGUCUAUGAGCUUCAUGUCCGUCUCCUAGGAAGCGACCAGGAAGCCGUGAUUGGGGAAUUUCACCACGUGGCCCGCGAAAAAGAGCAAGACCGGGAGGAAAAGGCCUGGCAUCAUGUUUCUCACGUCUUCAAGGGCUAUGGUCCCGGUGCUCGCUAUGUCCAUUUUCUGCACAAGACCAAAGACGUGGAAACAACGGACGGACUUCUCCGGACCAGAGUGACGGACAGCAGCGUUUCGGUGCAGUUGAAGGACUGAGCAAAGAGCAUCAUUGCACCUCAUUUAAAUUGUUUCGUUAAGUGCCUUAAAAUGACAUUUAGAACCCAAUAGUGACCCUUGAGCUUGAAAUCUGGAUUAAAAGCAAGACACCAAACUGGAA